AUGGAUUUUCUUAGACGAGGACGUUCCUCGCAGGGGGAGGAUAUCGAGCAGCAGGCUCUGGCAGGGCCAUCUACACAACCAGAAAUGGAAGAGGGCUCACGGCCUCGGUCGAGGCGCUUGCCUGGCACAAGGCCUUCCCUCUCUUCACGGAGGCGUCCCGGCAACGGGAUGCAAAGGCUAGGAGACGAGGAAUCCGACAGCCCGAAAACACCACGGUUUAACAUUGGCCUCCCGACACUGCCAGGAACCCGUCUGAACCUGCCACACCUCGCAAGAACAUGGACCAGCGAUUCCAAUGGCGCCGAUUCGUGGCCCAAUUCGACAUCGCAACAACCCCUAAACCGAGUCGACGAGUCUUCUUCCCCCGAACCGCCCACGACGAGCAGAGCCGGACAACCAUCAGCUACGACUCGCGUGACAAUGCCAGCGCCUGUCGCACGGCGCCCCGAAACCGAAACCUCCAGCGGGACGAGGAGGUUCACAGGGCCAGAUCCUGCAGAGAUGCAUCUGGCGAACAUGGCACAAGAAGGUCGGCGGCGCAGACGACGGGCACAUCGUCGACAGCAACAGGACAGCAACAACGAGGGCCAUCCUAAACGAUUUCUUCUCUGUAUUCCAUGGCCAAAAUCACGGCGUAUGCGAUCUCAGAUCCUCCGCUGCUUCAUUUCAGGCGGGUUCCUGACGCUCCUUCUCGCCGUCUAUUUAGCACUCUCCCUCACACAAAAUAUUCGCAGUAGCGAGUUCACUGUGUUGUUGAUUCUCAUUAUUUUGUUCGUCACGAUAUUCUUCUGUCACGGCUUGAUCCGGUUAUGCAUGCUUGUCAUCCGACCGCGGGUCAACGAUGAGACCAGGCCGCCGAUGCCGCAACUUUUGGCACCCGGUGGCUACGCCGUACCACGAGAACCAAUCCGAGUUGUGCUGGCGCGCGAUGAAGAGGAGCAAGGAGAGGUCAGCGAGGCGGUCCUGGCCAAGCCCCCAGCCUAUGGCCUCUGGCGAGAGAGUGUGAGAGUUGACCCCAACCGCAUCUACUGGCAGCGCAACCCGAACGCCGCGCCGAACGAGGGAACAUCCAGUCGCGGAGAAAGCAGCACUGGUCCUCGGCCCCCAUCAUACGCAUCAGAGGACGGGGUGAGCUAUGUCGUGGAAGCUCGACCCCGAUCCAUGGCCCCGGCAGCAAUGACUGACGUACUUACCCCACUACCUACACAUCCUUCCGAACGGGGGCGGAUUGGUGAACACAGGAGUGCAUGGUAA